AAUAAUGGCGGCAGCUACAGGGGAUCCUGGCCUCUCCAAAUUGCAGUUUGCCCCCUUUAGCAGUGCCUUGGAUGUUGGAUUCUGGCAUGAGUUGACCCAGAAGAAGCUGAAUGAGUAUCGGCUGGAUGAAGCACCCAAGGACAUUAAGGGUUAUUACUACAAUGGUGAUUCUCCUGGGCUGCCAGCUCGUUUAACGUUGGAGUACAGCGCAUUUGAUGUGAAUGCUCCCACCCCAGCCCAUUGCUGCCCAGCUGUGGGAACACUGUAUAACACCAAUACACUUGAGUCCUUCAAGACUGCAGAUAAGAAGCUACUUUUGGAACAAGCAGCAAAUGAGAUAUGGGAAUCCAUAAAAUCAGGGGCUGCUCUUGAAAACCCUGUACUCCUCAACAAGUUCCUCCUCUUAACAUUUGCAGAUUUAAAGAAAUACCACUUCUACUAUUGGUUUUGCUACCCUGCCCUCUGUCUUCCAGAUAGUAUACCUCUCAUCCAAGGGCCUGUGGGUUUGCAUCAAAGGUUUUCACCAAAACAGAUUCAAGCCCUUGAGUGUGCAUAUGAUGAUCUUUGUCACACAGAAGGAGUCACAGCCUUACCUUACUUUUUAAUCGAGUAUGAUGAGGACACAGUGCUGGUUUCCUUGCUUAAACACUGCAGUGAUUUCUUCCAAGGUCAAAGGACAAAGAUAACAGUUGGUGUAUAUGAUCCCUGUAACUUAGCCCAGUACCCUGGAUGGCCUUUGAGGAAUUUUUUGGUCCUAACAGCCCACAGAUGGAGUAGCCGAUUGCAGUCUGUGGAGGUGGUCUGCUUCCGGGACCGUACCAUGCAGGGGGUGAGAGACAUUGCCCACAGCAUCAUCUUUGAAGUGAAGCUUCCAGAAAUGGCGUUUAGCCCAGAUUGUCCCAAAGCAGUCGGGUGGGAAAAGAACCAGAAAGGAGGCAUGGGACCAAGGAUGGUGAACCUCAGUGAAUGCAUGGACCCUAAAAGGUUAGCUGAGUCAUCUGUGGAUCUAAAUCUCAAAUUGAUGUGUUGGAGAUUGGUCCCUACUUUGGACUUGGAUAAGGUUGUUUCUGCCAGAUGUCUGUUGCUUGGAGCUGGCACCUUGGGUUGUAACGUAGCUAGGACACUGAUGGGCUGGGGCGUCAGACACAUCACGUUUGUGGACAAUGCCAAGGUCUCCUACUCCAAUCCUGUGAGGCAGCCACUCUAUGAAUUUGAAGAUUGUCUAGCGGGUGGUAAGGCCAAGGCCCUGGCUGCAGCAGACCGGCUUCAGAAAAUAUUCCCUGGAGUGAAUGCCAGAGGGUUCAAUAUGAGCAUCCCCAUGCCUGGACAUCCAGUGAACUUCUCCAACAUCACCCUGGAGCAAGCCCAUAAGGAUGUGGAGCAACUGGAACAGCUCAUUGAAAACCAUGAUGUCAUUUUCCUGUUGAUGGACACCAGGGAGAGCCGGUGGCUUCCUGCUGUCAUUGCUGCAAGCAAGAGAAAGCUGGUCAUCAAUGCUGCCUUGGGAUUUGACACAUUUGUGGUCAUGAGACAUGGCCUGAAGAAACCUAAGCAGCAGGGAGCUGGAGACUUGUGUCCCAGCCACCCUGCGGCAUCUGCCGACCUCCUAGGCUCAUCCCUUUUUGCCAACAUCCCUGGCUACAAACUUGGCUGCUAUUUCUGUAAUGAUGUGGUGGCCCCAGGAGAUUCAACCAGAGACCGGACCUUAGACCAGCAGUGCACUGUGAGCCGCCCAGGACUGGCCAUGAUUGCAGGAGCCCUGGCAGUGGAGUUGAUGGUUUCUGUUUUGCAGCAUCCAGAAGGGGGCUAUGCCAUUGCCAGCAGCAGUGAUGACCGCAUGAAUGAGCCUCCAACCUCUCUUGGGCUUGUGCCCCACCAGAUCCGAGGAUUUCUGUCACGGUUUGAUAACGUCCUUCCUGUCAGUCUGGCAUUUGACAAAUGUACGGCUUGUUCUUCCAAAGUUCUUGAUCAAUAUGAACGAGAAGGAUUUAAUUUCCUAGUGAAGGUGUUUAAUUCUUCACAUUCCUUCUUAGAAGACUUGACUGGUCUUACAUUGCUACAUCAAGAGACCCAAGCUGCCGAGGAAAAGGGAACAAUGUAUAUGAAUGAUUCAGAUCACUUGGCAAAAUGGACAGUUCCUACAAAUGGAUAG